CGGGUGGCCGUGCUGGGUGCCCCGGGCGUGGGCAAGACUGCCAUCAUUCGCCAGUUCUUGUUCAGCGACUAUCCCGAGCGCCACCGGCCCACAGACGGGCCGUGCCUCUACCGGCCCGCGGUGCUGCUCGACGGCGCGGUCUACGACCUGAGCAUCAGCGACGGCGACAGCGCUGGCCCGGGUCCGGGCACCCAGGGCUCCGAGGAGGGGCCAGAUUCUAAGGGCUGGAGCUUGCAGGACACAGACGCCUUCGUGCUCGUUUAUGACAUCUGCAGCCCGGACAGCUUCGACUAUGUGAAGGCGCUGCGGCAACGCAUAGCAGAGACCAGGCCAGCAGGCGCACCCGAGGCACCUAUCCUGGUAGUAGGCAACAAGCGGGACCGGCAGCGGCUACGCUUUGGGCCUCGGCGCGCACUGGCCGCCCUGGUGCGUAGGGGCUGGCGCUGCGGCUACCUCGAGUGCUCAGCCAAGUACAACUGGCACGUGCUGCGUCUCUUCCGCGAGCUGCUGCGCUGCGCUCUGGUGCGGGCCCGCCCCGCGCACCCGGCCCUACGCCUGCAGGGCGCACUACACCCAGCGCGCUGCACUCUCAUGUGAUUGACUGUGCGUCCUGGCCGCUGCACACGCAGAGGACAGCAGAUUGGACAAGGCUGCCCAACUUCUCUCCGAUUGGACAGGACGAGUCUCCGCCCUCUUCCCCCGCCCCCUUGGAGAAGGAAAACUCCAAUCUCUUGAGCUAUAGACCUUUCAGGCUCAUUGGACCCUGCCAUGGCCCAAACUCACUGGGGCUUUCUGGAGCCUCCUUGGGACAGACAGUGCGGAUCCCUCCGGGUGGGAAGAACUUGGUUACCAAUCACCCCAAAGUCGCCAGACUGCCUCUGGCAUGUCACUGAGCAAACACCUCCAUUCCAUCCCUCACAGGGCAAUAAAGGCAAGUGGUUCAGG